GUCCCGGGGUGGGGGACCUGAAAGUUUUACCCUAACUGUUCUGGAAGAGGAGUAAUUAGUCCAAGAAACAUAUUCAUUUUUCUGGAUAUGCCACAAAAGGAUCCAUGCCAGAAACAAGCCUGUGAAAUACAGAAAUGUUUACAAGCCAACAACUAUAUGGAAUCGAAGUGUCAGGCUGUCAUCCAAGAACUUCGUAAGUGUUGUGCUCGAUAUCCCAAGGGAAGAUCUCUUGUCUGCUCAGGAUUAGAGAAGGAAGAAGAAAACCUGACAUUGAUGUCUGGAUCCAAGUAAAGUUGUGCUGAGAAGUUAAAUUCUGCUUCAUGUUUCCCUCAAGUGUGUUUUAUUUACUACCCCUUCUUCAAGCCAGGUAGCAGCAAACAGCAAAUGAAAAAAUUAAUUAUAAGAGUUAGCAAAUAUGCCAUCUAUGCAAAAUAGACCAAAAUAACCUGUUAGAAAAUAAAUAUGUAUAAUGUAAAAUGGAACUGCUAAAAUAAACCUGUUUUACAU